ACUGCCCGGCUGUGUCCGGGUAAGAUGGCGGCGGAGGAGCAGUGCUCGGCACCACUUCGAUGGCGGUCCAUAUCUCUCACUCACGUCGAGUUCGCGGAAGGCGACCUAACGGGACAAGUGCUGGCCUACAUCAGCCUCCUGCCCAUAGCAAUCCUCGUGGGCUUUGUCACGCUCAUAGUGUUCAAACGGGAGCUGCACACGAUUUCCUUCUUUGGUGGGCUGGUGCUGAAUGAUGGGGUGAACUGGGUGCUGAAGCACAUUCUCAGAGAGCCACGUCCGUGUGCAGGGGCUCACUCAACCCUGUACUCAGAUUAUGGGAUGCCCUCCGCUCACUCCCAGCUUAUCUGGUUCUUUGUUGUUUACUUCUUUCUUUUCCUUUAUUUAAGAAUGCAUCAAACGAACAAUGCUCGAUGUGUGGACUUGCUGUGGAGACACGUAUUGUCCAUCAUCCUGUUGGGCUUGGCCUUAUCAGUCUCAUACAGCAGAGUUUACCUGUUGUAUCACAGCUGGAGCCAGGUCUUCUACGGCGGAGUGGCCGGUUGUACGAUCGGAAUAAUCUGGUUCUUUAUCACACAAGAGGUGCUGACACCAAUAUUCCCUAAAAUAGCAGCGUGGCCAAUAUCAGAGUACUUCCUGGUGCGAGACACAAGCCUGAUUCCCAACAUCCUGUGGUUUGAGUAUACAGUGACCAGAUCAGAGGCAAGGAACAGACAACGAAAGCUUGGAACAAAACUUCAGUGAUCGACGCAGUUCCUUUGUGAGACUGAGUUUAGGACCACACACACCUACACACACAAAAACAAAUGCUCACUUGACAAAAACACACUGGAGAACCAUCUUUUGGACUGACAUCAUGGUUGCAAGGAGUAAAGGGCAAAAAAAACAACAACAACGUUUACAGGUGGCGAAAGAGUGCCUGGACCUGGCCCAGAGCCGACAGCCUGACCACGUCCGUCCACACGCCUCUCCUUCUUGUACAGCUUGCUCAAAAGGCUCUUCAGUGCAUGCAAGACUGUGCAAGAGGCAUAAUAUUUAAUGAUAGAUUAAUAUAUAGAUUUUAACUAUAAACGCACGCUGACAGUAACGGUGUACUGUAAGAGAAUCAACGGGCCAAAAAAGGAGGCUAUGGUCAAAUUUCCAACCAAUCAGUGAGCGUCAUUGCAGCAUGUAUUUAGUGAUUCCUUUUCUUUUCUCUUUUUUUAUAUAUUCUGAUGAGUAGCUGGUGGGGGGUUAUGGCUAGGUUUGAGGGGGGUAUGUGGAAGUACCCAUUUUUCAUUGUUAUAUAAUAGAAAAGGAACAAUUUCUAAAAAUAAAAAAAUUGGUUUAGAUGUAAUAUACAUGAAAAUUUGCACUUUGUGAAAUAAAAAAAAAAAGAGACUAACACUAGUUAAAUGUUAAGACCCUCUCCCUCUUCUCCCUCAUCAGUCUUUGCUUAGUGUCUAUGACUGUCAGUCGUAAUAUAUUAGACCUCAAAGCUGAUUUGCGAGCAAUGUAAUUUGUAUGUACCUUCUGUACUAUCGAGCGUCCAGGUGGUUUCUGCUCAUAUCCACGUUCUUUUAGGCAUAGCGAGGCUGAAUCGCAGCGGCGGGUUUCAGUUGUUUUUGUUGUUGAACACACUUAGGACUGAGGUGGUGUUUUCUCAGUGCCUCACACAGUAGCAGCCUGGGAACAGACUUCUGGGAAUCAGCUUUUUUUUAUUCCGUUUCUUGUUUUCUGGUGUUGCAGAGAACACUUUUCUUUUUCCCUGCAUUUCCAAGAUAACAUUCCAUAUCAUUUAGUGAGAUACAUAUUGACUGCGGAGGAGAGCGUUUUCUUUUUUGUAUUAUUUUUAAAGAAAGGUGAAAAAAAAAAGGCCUCAGGUCAGUCGUAGCAUGUGAUUACGCUUAAUUCCUCACAGCCCACGGCAGCUAAUGUUGAAAGCUUCCAAGUGGGGAUCUGAAGCUAAUUUCAAACUUGUCAUAUCAUUAGCUCAACAAAGGGAAGUAGUUCUCUUAGAAUUUGAUUUUUUUCCCCCCAUGUGUAACCUAUAUCAGGCUGAAUAAAAUUGUGUUUAUGUACGA